CGGGCCGGCGUGCCGGGGCUUAACUGGCGUGCCUGCCGGAUACUGAUAGCGUUUUCUUGCCUCUUCAGCCUGCCUUCCCUCUUAAGGGUCUUGAGCUGGAAACAUCUUUGAAUAUUCGUAGCGGAGAUUUUCAUUAUAUUGUUAGGAGUAUUCAAGACAUCCCCCUCAAGAGCACAUGAAGCUUUAUGUACAAUCUGAUAGUGUGUGAUGACCUUUCUUUCGGAUGGAAAUAUCUAGACAGGUUUCCAUACUUGCUGUGAUUCUUCGGAUUUGUUCUUUUCUUGAAAUGGUAGGACUAGGAAACAGCUGUCGCGGGAUGAAGUCUCCACCACUCCUCAUGGCUGCGCUCGUGGCGUGCCUAAUUGUUUUGGGUUUCAAUUACUGGGCUGCAAGUUCUCGCAGCGUGGAUCUGCAGGGUCGAGUCAUGGAUCUGGAAGGCAAAGUCCGCAGGGCGGCAGCGGAGAGGGGUGCUGUGGAACAAAAAAAGAAUGAAUUCCAAGGGGAGCUAGAGAAGCAGCGACAGCAGAUUGACAAAAUCCAGUCCUUGCACAGCCUUCAGAUGGAAAAUGCCAACAGAGUACAUCAGGAAGAGAAGGCGAUGCUGAUGAAUAACAUCACAGUAAAUGAUCGAUUGAUUCAGAGUCUACGAGAACACUUGAAAGCGUUACAGACGGAAUAUGGAAAGCUACAGCAGGAUGUUUACUGGUUUCAGAAGAACCAGACUAACCUUCAGAAGAAGUUCUCAUAUGACCUCUCACAGUGCAUCAAUCAGAUGAAAGAAUUAAAAGAACAAUGUGAAGAAAGGAUAGAUGAGCUUAGAAAAAAGAGUAGAGAUGUACCACAAAUCAAAGAAAACAAAGACUUCACUGAAGAUAGCCAGGUUGAUACUCAACUGCCAGCCUUGAAGCAAACAGGGUUCAAGCAGGCUGACUUGGAACAGCAGAAAACCAAUGAAGAUGUUCCUAAAGCAGUACCUACAAUAAGAAAGACAGACCUUAUGCAGGCUAAAGAAAGAACAGACAGCCCAACUGACAUGAGAAAACAGGACCCUGAGGCAGAAGAAGAGCAGCUUUCUAGUCAGUUGGAAAAACCUCAAGAGUCGCUCAAGGCUGCUGCAGGUCACAAGGAGAUGCUGCCUGUGUCAGAGAAGGACCCAAAUCCACCUGAGGAUGAGAAACAUGUAGCUGGGCAAGAUAUGUCAGAGCCAGCAGCAGAGCAGGCUGCCAGUGAGGAAGUUGAGAGGGAACAGUUCCUAAAUUACGAUGAUAAGCAGGAUGACUUGCUCCCUGGAAAGGCCGACAAACGGGACCGUGAAGCAGUGAACCAGGACAAGGAUGUCGAUUACAAUUCAGAUGUGAAUGAAGCUGAAUCAGAAACUGACAAGCAAGCAGCACUUGCUGGGAGUGAAAAUGUUCAAAACCAUGAAGAUACAAAGAACCACUUACCUGACAAUGGUGAAGGACGACAGAAGUGAACAAAGGAAGGUCAUGAUACAACUGAGUCACCUCUUCCUCCAAAUGCAGCAAUGAUCCAAGCAAAGUGAUCUUAGAAAGUUUUGAUUAUCUUCUAAAGGCUUGACUAAGGGCCCAAAUGAAGUAGUAUUUUCUUGUGAAGUUUUAGUACUGUUGCAGUGAGGAAAAGAAGUAAAUCUCUGGAGGCUUGAUUCAAAGCAUUUUGGCCUCUGCAAUGGCUUUCUCCUUCCUAUCAAUUAUAAAAUUGCAAUCAGGUAGCAAUAAAAUUAGUAACUUUGAAGUUG